UCCGGCAGGCGCAGGGUCUGCCUUGAACUACAGUUCCCAGAAGGCCACUGGAGAAGGGCUUCCCCCACUUUCCCGGGACCGCAAUUCCCGGAGACUUGGUUUCGCGGCUUUUCUCUCUGUGUUGAGUCUCUCUUGGACCCGGAUAGGUCUUGACCAUCCAGCAGACCCACAGCGACGACGUGCUCCGUCGUGUCCAGUCGCAGGGUGUACUCUUUGGCCGGGCUUUCUGUCUCUUUAGCUACUUUUGCCGGACAGGCCGUCGCGGCUGGCCUGAGCAGUGACCUGGCGGGCCGCGCCUGCGCCCUGCCGCGUUUCCUGCCUGGCUGGUGGUGGCGGCCAUUUUGUUCAUCCUCCUCCUCCUCCUGCUCCUCCUGGUUGGAGCGCAGUGUCCGGAGCGGGCUGGGGGGAGCGGACCCGAGAGCCGGGUUCAGUACCUUUUCCUCUGUCCCCAGCCGGCGCCCGGAGCCCCCCUCCCCUUCCUUCCCGCCCCCUCCCCUCCCCAGCCCUGCCCUCCCCCUUGUCCCGGGAUCACUCCGUCGCACCCACCAUGAUGGAAGACGACGGACAGCCCCGGACUCUAUACGUAGGUAACCUCUCCAGAGAUGUGACAGAAGUCCUUAUUCUUCAGUUAUUCAGUCAGAUCGGACCCUGUAAAAGCUGUAAAAUGAUAACAGAGCAUACAAGCAAUGACCCAUAUUGCUUUGUGGAAUUUUAUGAACACAGAGAUGCAGCUGCUGCAUUAGCUGCUAUGAAUGGGAGAAAAAUUUUGGGAAAGGAGGUCAAAGUAAACUGGGCAACAACACCAAGUAGCCAGAAAAAAGAUACUUCCAAUCACUUCCAUGUGUUUGUUGGGGAUUUGAGUCCAGAAAUUACAACAGAAGAUAUCAAGUCAGCAUUUGCCCCCUUUGGUAAAAUAUCAAUUGCUCAUAAGAAUGGACAGGAUCUUGAAGGCUAACUGCAAGGAACUGUGCACACUGGAACUCAGUUGUAGAUUUUUUUUCUCAUUUCUAUUUAUUCUUAUUAUACAUUAUUUAUAUAUACAUAUUUUAGUAUUUACAUUUUAACAUUCUAUAUUCAGUGGAGUUCUAUAUUUCCAAUCAUUUUAACUUACUCACUAAAAUUUCUGUGUAAAUUUGUUGUUUUCGUACUGGUGUGCUUAGCGUUGUUGUUAGUUUUUUAUUCUCCUUUCUUAAAUUUCUGAAAAUGUCAAUUUUUCAAAAUUUACAGCUGCCCAAACUCCAAAAUGAUGAUAGAGAAUUGACCAAGAAAAAUAAAGAAAUCUGUUAACAGGCCAUGGAUGCCCGGGUAGUUAAAGAUAUGGCAACUGGAAAGUCCAAAGGCUAUGGUUUUGUAUCUUUUUAUAACAAACUGGAUGCAGAGAAUGCAAUUGUGCAUAUGGGGGGUCAGUGGCUGGGAGGUCGACAAAUCAGAACCAAUUGGGCCACACGUAAACCACCUGCCCCUAAAAGUACACAAGAAACUAACACUAAGCAGUUGAGAUUUGAAGAUGUAGUAAACCAGUCAAGUCCAAAAAACUGCACUGUGUACUGUGGAGGGAUUGCUUCGGGGCUGACAGAUCAACUUAUGAGACAAACAUUUUCACCAUUUGGACAAAUUAUGGAAAUAAGAGUUUUUCCAGAGAAGGGCUAUUCGUUUGUCAGAUUUUCCACUCAUGAGAGUGCGGCCCACGCUAUUGUCUCUGUGAAUGGCACUACAAUCGAAGGACAUGUGGUGAAAUGCUAUUGGGGUAAAGAAUCUCCUGAUAUGACUAAAAACUUCCAACAGGUUGACUACAGUCAGUGGGGCCAGUGGAGCCAAGUGUAUGGAAACCCACAACAGUAUGGACAGUAUAUGGCAAAUGGGUGGCAAGUACCGCCCUAUGGAGUAUAUGGGCAGCCGUGGAACCAACAAGGAUUUGGAGUAGAUCAAUCACCUUCUGCUGCUUGGAUGGGUGGAUUUGGUGCUCAGCCUCCUCAAGGACAAGCCCCUCCCCCUGUAAUACCUCCUCCAAACCAAGCUGGGUAUGGAAUGGCAAGUUUCCCGACACAGUGAGCUGGGACUCUAAACACAAUUGUAAUUCACCACAGGCUGCAGUCUCCUGUCACACUCUGAAGACAUGAAAAGUAAACAUCGGAAAAUGAAAAUAUUUAUUUUAAAAAUUGAAAUGUUUGGAACCUUUAGCACAGCUUUGCUUGGUGAAGGACACAUGUCUUCUAGUUCUGCCUUUUUAAGUUUUUGUUCAUGAUGGAUAUGAACAUGAUUUUUCUUUGUGUACAAAAAACUAAAAUAAAGUCAAUAAAGACAAUUCUGACUAUAAAUUUUGAUAUAAUAGGAGAAAUGGGUAAUACACUUUGAUCCUUAGACACUAUUCCAUUUUUAUCUUGCUGUUCAGUAUUUUAACUCACUGUGUUUUUAAAAGAGCAAAAAAGGGAGUAUCGUGAAAAACUGAGAAUCACAUCAGUUCGUCCUGAAUCCUGAUACUCCCCUCCCGUCCCUGAGGCGGACCACAUAGAAGGCAGCAGGAGAAAGUGUGAUUUCAGAAGAAGUCCAUGAUGUGGGAGUCGCUCUGGAAGAAAUAACAUUAUUCUCUUAUGUUAAAGAAAAUGAAGCCAGACUGAAAGCGUGCAGCCUGAAUAAGGACCAGCAUUGUAGAAGGUUCUUGAACGAUUGUUGGUGGUCCAUAUUAAGACAUAUUUUUAAAACUUUAAAAGUGUUGGUUAUCAAAAAUGUAUAUUACAUUUCAUUUGGGAGAAAAUUCCAAGUAUGGUGUUUAUAUUAAAGUCAGACGGUCAUACUUGUGCUUUUACAUGGAGUUUAAAUGAUAAACAUUGUAAAUAUUGAAUAACUACAGUGUUUCAAAAGCAUGCUUCAACAUAGAAGUAGCAGCAAUGUAAUUAUUCGAGGUGACAAGUAACAUGCUCGCUGCCAGUGCAGUGCUCAGUAGCAGUGUUAACACUGACGUCUCCACGUCUUCACGGUUGGCCAUGUAAAAGGAGAAGGACACAAAUGACUACACAGAAGAAGCCUUAAUUUAAUUUCAUACAAAUCUUUGAUGCAUUAGUAUAUUCUAAAUUGUAAGUAGAAGUUAGAUUUGGGCUUUUUUUCCCUUUCUUCUUUUCUUUCAUUUCCUUUUGUUUUGUUUUAUUUUAUUUGGUACAUAAAUACCUUGAUUAAAACCCAGUGAAGUGAUUUCAGGGUUCCUAUAAGUUGUAUAGCACAAUUUUUUUUUAAGAAAUCUUGGGAUGUUUUUAAAAAUUAGUCUAUUUUGCCCAAGAAUUUUCUUAACAAGAUUGCUAAAACAUCUUACUUAGACAACCUGAUGUAUCAGUUAUAAUCUGAUAACCAAUUUGAGUCGUACACAAGUUGUGACUUUUUAUUUCUAAUUUGUUUUUUUUCCUUGGGAGUGUGUGGGUGACAGAUGUGAAUAGGCCUGAGUUGUAUGUGUGCAGUUGUAACUGAAUCUUUAGGAAGAUGCGGGAGUUCCAGGCAUGCUCCCCUGGCAUCUUUCAGUCUAUGUGGAUACAGUCUGCCUCAUAGUUCUAUACAAUGGGAAUGUGAAAUAGAUAAAAUCCUAUGUGUUUCAAUUGUGACAACUAGGAGGUGCAAAUGUUUUGAUAGUAUGUUAAACCUGUUGGCCUGUGUAUGCACAAGAGCAAAAAACCCUAACCUAACCUUUUUGAGGUAAGAUGGGUAAGAUGCACUAAGCCGUUGAAGUCUAAAGAUUAAGAUAAUGUGGUGGGGUUUUUUUAAUAUUGGUGACCACAAAGAUUCUGGAGUUUAUUCCCUCCUUCACACAGCCAAAUGUAUUCAGCAUAAAACUUUACAGGGUCUGAAGUUCUUUUUUGAGCCAAAAUCUUUAUGUACUUUAGUUGUUUUUUUGGGUUUUUUUUUUUUUUUUUUGGUUUUUAAACACAACUACCCUGAGUUAACACUCAUCAGGGACUAAAUGGACCCCUGGAGUUUUUUGAUUUGGGUUUUUUGUUUUGUUUUUGUUUUUGUUUUUUUGUCAUACCUUUGGGGAAUAUUUUUGGAAAAGUUAUAUUUUAUAAGAAGAAAGCAAGCUAUAUUCUGCCCUUGAGUUAAGAUUUUCAUUAAAUUUUGUGAAACUUCAACAACCUAAAGGCUUUUUAAGUUGAUAAAUUGAUAAAAGCUUACUAAAUUAAAAUUUCAGUUUCCCUUUUUUUCCUCUGCCAGUAAAUUAAGUGGCUUAUUGAGAUAACUAAUGGCUAAUUCUAGCUGUAGUCUUUUCUGUUUUAUAUCCUAUGAGUUAAUAAAACUAUCCAGACUAGUUACAUUGCCAUAGUAAGCAUGUGACUGACAUCUUUUGUCUUAAUUUGGAUGAGAAAAAAAUUUUUUUUGUAAGUCAGUCACAGUCAUUUCACAGCAAAUAGUUUUAAGAUAGAAAGGACAUGUGCAAAUGAGAUGCACCAUUUCAGGAAAUUAGAUGAUCAAGCUAACACAGGUCCAGGCUGUCUUACAAUGCAGAUUUGAGUUUGUGCCCUCCGUCCACUUUAAGCCUAAGAACUGUUGCCUUUUCUUUCCUGUGUUCGUCAAGAACAGCAGAGAGACUCUUUGGCAUGCAAGGAAAUGUCUCUUCAUAGUUUCUUGAGAUUUAUCUUGGUGUGUUUCUGCCUGCCAUCGUCUGUGCUUGAAUCCUUUUCUACUAGCAUUUCCUCGGUGCCAGUCCGUCUGAUCUUUAUGUUUGCCGCCAGUGAGAGGCCAACUAAAGCCAAAGCUGUAAACCACAGUUGAAGUAAGUCUUUCAAUAAAGACUAGUCUAUGUAA